AUGGUCAGGAAGAACCGCCGCCGUCGAGCAACGCCUCCGGGCGACCGAAGAACGCGUGCCCGCCUUGACGAUGAGGGUUUGAGGCCACAGGACUGUUACGAAUCAGCAAUUGUCCAUCGCACGAACCCUUUUGCCGCCUUCAAUGCGCCAACAAACUUCGGAUUCAGUCAUGAUAUAGCGACCAACAAUAUGCCACCAUCGUCAGUCGAGUAUCGCAUGAACGUCUUGCUUCCGCACGGGAUCAAGAUCCGCGACACCCCCAAGUUUUAUGAUGCGAACGACCACUUUGACACUAAUCCGACAAACAAUAACUUUCAUCGGAUACCAAAAGAAGAUGGGGAGUUGUCCGCCCACGGCCUUGCCGAGGUUUGGGUCUCGCCAUCGCUGAUCAAAGACUUUGUGCAGAGCUACAACGCGUUGCUGAGAUGUCCAAAUGCUACAAUCGAGACGAAAAAGGCUGAAGUUAUGAGCCUCCUGUUUCGAAAAACAAGCUUUGGUCUCCCGCCACACUUUUGGAGGGCACUGAACUGCUUCCAAAUUGAGCGACGACUAAGCACUCGUCUGGCCACCCCAAACACUGGCUUCGGGAGCAACCCCACAAAUGCUGCCACUCCUCCCAUAAUUCAACCUUGCAUCUACAGCCUCGUAGACAGUGAUCCUUCGGAUUGCAGCUACUGGGUCCAGACGCUUGGCUUUGGCAGAAGCUGGUCCGAGUCGUUUGUCGGUCUGACUAUGCAGCUUGACAAUCGAAUCAUCCUGCCGUAUUUGACCAUUGAGUUUUGGCGAGAAGGCGAUGGCGAGUUUGGCUGCAUGAACAGAAUGGCAAGAAAUGCGGGCAUAGCCCUUUACAACCGAUAUCUUCUACGCGAGAUGUCGGUGAACAAGUUGGUCGAAGAGCCCACAUGGGAUGCAAGAGAUUGCGGCGACCCGCUCCAGGAUAUCAAACACUAUGGUAUCGUUAUGUCGGAGACGGGCUUCACUGUGCGAAUGUUUCAACCUGACAGCCCCGGAAAUGAGCAUGGCAAUCGAGGCAAUACCAAUGAUGACACCUCAAGAAACCUCACUGGGCAAAUGAGGUGGACUGGAUGUACAGCAUUCGAAAUGAUGUCUGGUACUCUACGGCAGCAAGCGUCAGUUUGGUACCUGCUGAGUUGGGUGAACGAGAUUCAUCGCUGGGCGAUCGGAGCUUACGCCCCUGGUUGCGCUCGUGAUAUUGAUCGCUGCAUGACAAAGAGGCCGCGGUUGACCAAGACGGAGUGA